UAUGAUAAAUUAGAGUUGGUGUGAAGUGAGGAACUCGGACCGCCGGACGCCUCCGUGUUGUUGACGAGGCACAAGUGAGUGAGACCAGCCAGUGACUGAAGUCCUUUCUCGCUAUAAUGGCUCUUCCACCAAGUAUAACAGUUAGCCCUAUGGUGACACAAGAGGCGGACUAUGGGUCAGAAAUGGGCAUGCUGCGUCGUGCCCCUGCUACAUCAGCAGCACAUCCCCUUGAGGCCUCAGAACGGUCGUACUACAAGCGUCAGGGUGAAUUUAGAAUGACAUCUGCCAGUAGAGCUUUUGGAAUCGGUUUUGCAACACAUCUUCGACAUGAGAGAGCUGCUGCUUCCUGGCCCGAGAUAGGUCACCUAGGCUUCUUGCCAAAAUCUAAUGCCCAUGUUCAGGCACUAACCGGCCAGGACUUGGACUUAGAUUUCACAGACACCCUCGGCCGUGAACCAGAAGUAACACACAAUCCUCAUCUGUAUAUGGACAAAAUGCAGCCACGGCCUCAAUUUGGCAUGUAGGGAUGGGAAUAUUUGUAUGUGAGAAUUGAGUUAGUGCUCAUUAUAUUAUUCUUUUUCAAAAGUCAUCAGAUACUUUAUUAUAUUGGAAGGAAAGGGUGCAACUUAAAAAUUUGAACUACAGUAUAUGAAAGAUUCUUAGUGUCAGAGGUGUGUGUAGUUUUAAUCAGUAUAUCAGUAAUUCUGGGUGUAAGUCAAGGUCACCUUUUAAGUUUAAAACAUUUAAAAAUUUUUGUUUUUGACUGCACUUACUGAUGGACAGAGAACUAUUUGAAGUUUGCAAUAAAAUGUUUGAAGCUGUGAAAUAAAAGUAACAAAAAAAUUAUUGUAUAAAAUCCUUUCUAAAACCUUUGAAUUAAACCUGAAGAAUUCA